GGUGGAUCAGGUAGCGGACAAACGACUUUGAGUUGCAAGGACAUUUACGAUGCGGAUUCGUGAGUAAAGCAUAAGUAAUAACGUAGCAACAUUUAUUAUUACUUUUUUUGGUUUCGUCAUAGAACACCCAACUUUUCUCAUAUCAUAGUAUCUUUCUUGAGGUUCAGACUAAUACGAGGGAUUUUUCUGCCUAUAUUAUAACUAGACGCCCAGAUUAGCUGUAACUUCAUGCAUGUGGGUUAGUGUUGUCGUUCUAAAAUACAUCAGGGAACUCCACUGGUUUAAAGGGACAGUGUCUUUCAAGUACGAGCAUUAUACUACAUCGCCACUGACAAAGAUCUCGGAAAACGUUCACCACACUUAUUAAAUUAGAUAUAGUAGAAAACUAGUGAGAAUUUUAAAUCUUAAAGAAAUUUAUCGAGCUGUUUCCAACUUUUUAUCACGUUUCUAAGGAGUUGUCAACAUUGGAAUGAAACAGUCGGUUAAAGACUGGAACAAUUUCCCUCAUUAUGUCAAUAUCCAUUCAAUAGGGGGCAUGAAAACAAAGCCUACACACUGAAUGUUAAUUCUGAACAAAUUUCUGUGUACUGUCACAUGGUAAAAGCUGACCUUGAAGCAUGCGGAGGAGGUGGAUGGACGCUGGUCAUGAAGAUCAAUGGAAACAAGGUAACAGCAGCAAGCAAAGAACAUUCUAUUCUAGGCUAAAAGUUGCGUCAAAAAUUUAUAACUAUUUUUCAAAGCGGCAGACACUUAUGCCGCUCACCCCUCAACAACAAAAACUAUAAUCACACGAUAUAAUAGGAAGAAUUAUCAAGAAGGCUUCGUUGUCGGCAGAUAACUCUAGCCUUGAUAAUUCUCGCUAUCAUGCUCAACCAACUGGAAAAACCGAUCGAUCUUAAUUAUUGUUCAGACACACGUUGAAUUCUUGAUCUUAGUAUCAGUCAAAAGGCACACAUGAAAUAAAACAUUUAACGUCAUGAAUCAAUUUGCUCACAACUUUUUGCAUUGACUAUAGUCGUUUACCAUCUGAAAGUUCCAGGUCAAUCUUAUACAUUAGAUUACAAAAAAGAUUAAUAGCGAAAGCCCACUUAAUUAAAAGUAACAAGAUCAACUUAAAUAUCGUCCCCCCAACUAUUGCCAUCUUGUCAAGGGAUGUCGUACGAAAACCAUUCUUGGUUAGUAACGAAUUUACCUGAAAAUGGAUUUUAGUUCGCAGAGGAGAGAAAUGCUUUUGUUCUGACCACCAACAGGGCUGCCGUGAUGUCACCUGCAAACCAGCAAUUAUCAGCAAAAUGACGUCACUUUGCAUGUAAUUAAUAUGUAUUUACAAACUUUUGUCUGCAAGAGUGACGCAGCGAAACUAUUGCCAGCUAGCAUUAGCAAUCUUCUUCUAACCAGUCAGAAUAUGCACUUAAUGUAGCUAGUCGUUCAAGUGAAAAAAACCGCCUUGAUGCACUCAGGGAAAAGAAAAACAAAGGAGAUUACCAUUUUAGAUGAUGUGAGCCUCUUGUCUGUUUUGUCCAAGUGUGUCCUUUACUCUCCAGCCAACAUGGCGGUUUCGUUACAUGAGGAUGACUAGCUACAAAGGGACUAUCGAGAUAGCGACAGAACUGUAUCUACAACAGCCAGUUUCGACGGAUUAAAGAGUCAAGAAUGCCAGUCACAUGGCAUGUUUCUUUAUGAUCAAUCACGGCAAUCGUAUUUUCAAUUGAUUGUGUUUCAUUUUGCUGCGCAGUAAGCAAAUAUUUUCUACGAUACUUCUAGCGAAUGUUGCCAACCUUGCUCGUUUUGUCGCGUUAAAUUUUGAUCCAAUACAUAAUUCAAGCUUUUUGUGUAUUUUAUCUCUAUACAUUUUAUACGAUUGGAUCACCAUGAUUAUGGGACACAUGUACGAUAAACAUGAACUUGUACUCCCUAAAAAAUAUACUGUCAUAUACUACCCUUGCCUCCCCAUAACGGCCACCUCUCCACAAAGGGCACUUUCUUCUGUUCCCACUGCAUGGUGGCCCCUGUAGAGAGGUUCAACUGUAUGCAGUUGUAUGCGGUUGUUACUGAGGCUGAAUGCCGAGGCGGAUGACAUCUUCGUCCACCUAUUUUUUUGUUUUAUUAUUUUAUUAAAAUAUUUCUUUAACUUCUAAACAACGAAGAUUUCGGCUUUAUUGACAAAUCAGGAGGCCAAUGUGGUAGACUUUCAAAAAAGUCUUUUUUUAGUUGCUUUUUUGUGAACCGAGACCAAGUUAAGGUCCAUAAAAACGCAUAUAAGAACCAGCCCAGUACCAGCAAUCUUGACCGAACAUUUGGUAAAUCAAGGAUUUAUUACAUGGCCAAAAGGAAAUUAAUCUCGUGAGAACGAAGCGGGAAAUCCAGACGGGGCACAGAACACAGGAUUCGCUUUAUAUUGAUCAGUCGUAUUGCCAGUCACUGACAAAGCCUCAGUUCCACUGGCCUUCCUUAUUAAAACCGAGAUGGCGGCCGUUGACCGUCAUCACGUCACGAAAUGUUUGGAGGAAUCUCGCCAAAAUCAGGCCUGAUGUAAUUGUCCCUCAGGGCGCAAGACCAAAUUGAAUAAUUAUGUGACCGCCACGAUGUCAUGCGAUAACUGUCUGUUAAUUGACGAUGUAUUAUUAUCAUUUCUUUAUUCGUUAAGGACACCUUUCAUUACGAUUCCAAAUUGUGGACCAACAAGAACGAACUCAAUCCCCUGGGAGGGGAGACCCUGCUUGAUCAAGAGGCAAAAGAGACAAAAUUACCCACCUACUGGAGCACACCAUUCUCUAAGAUUUGCCUCGCUAUGAAGAUCGGCAGCCAAGUUAAUUCGAUCGUUGUCAACAAAACCGCCAGUUCAUUGUACGCCUUGAUCGCUGACGGAACUGAGAAACGCUUAACGAAGAAACUGGGUCGUCACACCUGGAAGAAGCCGAUUGGCCAAGGGGCUUCGCUGCAGACACAUUGUAACAGGGAAGGUUUCAAUUUAAAGUCGGCAGAUCACCACAGCGAAGCAAGAAUCGGUAUCAUAAGUAACGAUGAAAGUGACUGUGCUUCCCCUGACUCCAGAAUUGGGUUUGGCACUGGAGGAUAUCCUAAUGGUCGCAACACCUGUGGAAACGUUGCAUCGGUAACUUGGCAUCCAGACAAUGGCGGUAGAGAUAUUAGAGCCAUGGGCUACAUCUUGGUGCAAUGAGUGUCAAACAACCUGGUUCCAGUUCACGCCCGAUAAAAAUCAAAGGAUUUUAAAACGCUUAUAAAAACAGGAAGAAAUUGUAGAAAUUCAGUUGAAUAAACGCAUUGCUCAAAACAAACACUUUUUCUCUGUUAUCCCAUGUCCUUAUCAUUCAUGGGCGUACGGCCGUCACCUUCUAUCAGGCCAUUCUCUCUGGCACAUCAUUGUAGUGGUGCUUGAUCUUGACAAAAGUUAUUCCCAUGGGUAA